AUGAGUGAAGAAGUUACAGAUGUAAUUAUCAGCAUUGUUAUUGGAGACAGUAUCAGACGGACAGAGAACAGUGUGAGGUGCAAUCAACAGCCAUCUCUUGGGACGGUACAGUUAUACCACCAAGAAGGAAACCUGCAGCAGUGUGCUCAGCCGCAGUUACACCGUCAGGCAGGAAACUUGCAGCAGUGUAGUCAGCCGCAGUUAUACCACCAGGCAGGAAGCCUGCAGCAGUGUGGUCAGGCGCAGUUAUACCGCCAGGCAGGAAGCCUGCAGCAGUGUGCUCAGCCGCAGUUAUACCACCAAGCAGGAAGCCUGCAUCAAUGUGCUCAGCCACAGUUAUACCGCCAGGCAGGAAGCCUGCAGCAGUGUGCUCAGCCACAGUUAUACCACCAGGCAGGAAGCCUGCAGCAGUUUGCUCAGCCGCAGUUAUACCGCCAGGCAGGAAGCCUGCAGCAGUUUGCUCAGCCGCAGUUAUACCACCAGGCAGGAAGCCUGCAGCAGUGUGCUCAGCCGCAGUUAUACCACCAGGCAGGAAGCCUGCAGCAGUGUGCUCAGCCGCAGUUAUACCGCCAGGCAGGAAGCCUACAGCAGUGUGUUCAGCCGCAGUUAUACCACCAGGCAGGAAGCCUGCAGCAGUUUGCUGACCCUGUGAAAGGGUAUAACAAGCUUAACAUCACCAAUAUACAGCAGUUUCACUCCGAGUGUAACAGCAAGACCUCUGAAUGUAAGCUAAGUCAGCACACUUUUUCAAAGAAGAAGCUUUACAAAUGUCUUGAAUGCAGUAAGUGUUUCACAUGUCCCAGUAAGCUUAAGACUCACCGUGCCACUCACACAGGGGAGAAGCCAUAUAAGUGUACCGAAUGCAGCAAGUGUUUCCCGUAUCACACUAGCCUUCGACGCCAUCUUGCUGCUCAUAAAGGAGAGAGGCCAUAUAAAUGUACUGAAUGCAGUAAGAAUUUUGCAGAAAAGAUCCAGCUAAAGUACCAUCAGAAAUCUCAUACAGGAAAUUAUCCACAUAAAUGUGUUGACUGUAAUAAGGGCUUCGCUUGUCUCAGUAAGCUUAGGAUUCAUUGUGCCACUCAUAUAGAGGAGAAGCCAUUUAAAUGUGCUGAAUGUGGCAAGUGUUUCACCCAAAAGGUACAUUUAGAGUACCAUCAAUACACUCACACUGGACAGAAUCCAUAUAAAUGUACUGAAUGCAGUAAAUGCUUCACAAGUCUCGGUAAUCUUCAACAGCACAGUGCCACUCACAAAGGAGAGAAGCCACAUAAAUGUACUGAAUGCAGUAAAUGCUUCACAACUCUCAGUAACCUUCGACGACACUACGCUAGUCACAGCGGAGAGAAACAAUAUCAGUGUGCUGACUGCAGUAAGUGUUUUACACGAAAGUCAUACCUAAAAUACCAUCAGCUCUCACACAGGGAAAACAGCAUAUAAAUGGGUAACAAUUUGAAAUGUUUAUCUGCUAGAACGAGUCCCGAAACCUGGAGACUGAAUGGCCAAAAGAUCGGACUUGCGAGAUGCCAUUUCUUGGAAUAUUCCUUUUUCUCUGAGGUAUGGUGUUCUUGGAGUUGGUAUAUAUAAGUUUGGGGGUGUGGGGGACUUGCUUCACAAGGGGAGAGUGCAGGGGUGGCUUGCCCUGCCUGCAAAAAGAAGUUUAAAAGAGAAGAGUGAUUUUCAAGGUUCGCUCUUCUCUAGGUUUUCAGUCUUCUUUUUACAGCUUCUCAGCAUUUCGAGUGCUGACAUUUCAAUAGGAAGCCAGUGCAGAAAGUGUUUUCUACAUAAAUAAAAGCUAAAACACCAAUGCAGCUUCUUUAACCCAUUACGCUGUUUACCUCAUAUUCUAGGCUACGCUUACAGCAUAACUUCCAAAAACCAGCCUUGUUCAAAGAAAUCUCAUGAACUUUUUAUGGAAGAUUUAAAGUUAUUUAGCUCAACAAGCAAACACCUAAAACAGAAAUAGAAAUGGUUAAAACUUCCUCAGCUGAUGUAAGGAUGUCAUUUGAUCUUGAUAAAUGUGCAAAAGCAACAUUUAUAGAGGAAAAGCUGAAAUGCUAGGAAAAUGUCAAAUCAACGAGAUACGUCUAGGGUGUUUCUUCCUGGGCCUCCGCUGAAAAUUAGCUACGUUCCAAUUCAGACUUUCCCAGUUAACAAAUGUUAAAUAAAUAAAUACCAACCUAGGACAGGAAUUUGAUACACAAGAACUUGAGCAAGAUGGUGUGUAUAAGUAUUUAGGAAUAUAUAAAGACUCAGCAGUAAAUAAAAAGCAAAACUUAGGAAUACUUCAGAAUACAAAAGCCAAUAAAGUAAUAUUGUACACUGCCUUGACAUUUGGGAAUAAAGUUCAAGCUAUUAAUUAACUUGCUCUUCCUGUUCUAACAGAGUUGGCGUGGCUGACUGGCCCGUAUCAAUAUUAAAUCAUCUGGACAUGAAAUCAAGAAAAAUGCAUCAUGCUUAUCAAACGAUAUGUAUAAAAAUGUGCAUACCAAAAUUAUAUAUAUCCUUCAAUCUGAAAGAGGUUUGGCCCUUCCCAAAAUUGACUAUAUGUACAUGUCUCCAGUUAUGGGUCCAAUUACAUAUUUGCUGACCUCAUUAGAUCAAAACAUAGUGCAAGUUUUAAAGCAAAAAGUCUAGUAAGAGUCUAAGAUGACAUCUUUGCUUAGUUUAGCAGAGGCAUUUCAGAAAGGAGUGGGAAUUGGAAAUCAAACCAGAAGCAGAAGAGAAUUGGACAGCAACUGAAAUAUAAAGAAAAGGAAAGAAAAUUGGAAGUCCACAAAAAUAGCGGUACAUUUAGAAAACUUCUAGAACUAUCACAUGUUGAUCAGGAGUCAGUGCAGUAAUGGUUAUGGAGACGUGACUUGAAACCAAAGUAUGAAAGGCUAAUUAUGGUGGUCUAAGGGAGUGGGCUACUUACAGGUGGGAGAAGAAGACAAAUAUAGGUUCUGUGAAACGGAACUGGAAACUGUUGUAAAUCUUGUUGCUGAGUGUGAUACUUUCAUGGCUGAGGAUCUUUGUACUGAAGGACACAAUAAUGUAGCAUUACUUUUGCACUAGGGAUUGUACAAACACUGCAUUAUAGAAGUAGUUGAGAAACAAUGGAAACAUGAAUAAUAAAACAUUAUCAACAGUGAUGAAGCCUGGAUCACAUGAGAUCACCCAAUACCAACCGAUGAAAAAACAGAUGCAUGUAAACCAGACAUAGUACUCCAAGAAAAAAAAAAGAUAAAAGUAGCAUUAAUCAUUGAAUUUGCUACACUCAGCGAUUAUAAUGUCUACCAAGUUACACAAAGUCGUAAAAUAUCAGGAUUUGCAGGCAGAAACAAGAGCAAUGCAAAAGAAACAUACCUGGACAGUUCCAGUAGUACUAAGAGCAACAGGAUUAAUAAAAUAUUAACAGUUGUACUUAAACAUGCUAUCAAUACAUGUUAACCCCAUAUGAACUGCAUCGGGGUUUUGGCUACACUGCAAGUGCAGGGAAGAGCACUCUUGGCUAACAUGAAAGACUGAAGCAAUAUUAACUUCAUGAAUGUUAAGCUACCCUAACUUAGGAAUGGGGUCCAUUCUUGACAGUGUUAAAAACCUAAAACACUUGGAGAAGUUAAAAAGUGACUGUUUGUCAUGGAGAAAAAUAAGAAUAAAAAUGGAAGCUGGACACAACCGUCCAAGGAUAAAAAAAAAGUUAGCGACCCUGCCAAAUGCACUAGCAGUAUGGAUGGUAUAACAAUUAUUGUAAAAUACUCCAAAGACAAAUGCAAUCUUACCAUGGUGCUAGGUCCUGAUAUUACCAACUCUACUGUGACAGCAAGUAGUGCACAAAAAAUGAAGAAACCAAUUAGCCAAAUUUCUGGGAACCUGGUGAAAAAUAUAACAUUGAGUACAUUAAUGUUUUGCCGUUAUGCAAUAAACCCAAAAGUCCCAAAAAAGAUGAUAAGCUUUAAGAACAUGAAAUAAAAACUGAUCACAGAAAAUUCAUUCUAACUGAAACAAUGUCAACAAUUGUAGGUCCUUUGGGAUCAUCCGUAAAACAUAUUAAAACAAAAUAGUAUCUGAACAGUAAAACACUGGGUGAGCUAUAAAAAUCUGCAAUAGAGCAAGUAUUAAGAGACAAGGAAGAUGCAACAGAAGUGUUUAAAACUUAAAUGGGAGGCAUACAGGAUUAAAAUAAAUGAACUAAAAUAUGUUAUUGCAUGAAUGCAGAAAAUGAAGCUGUAUUAACUGAUAUACCUACAGCAACAUCAAAGAUAAUUAAAUCUAUAUGUAGACAGACAUCCACACAUGGUAAAUAUUAAAAAAAAAUGAGAAUCACUAGACAGAAGUGGACUGUGCUUAAAAAAAAAUCUCAGAAGUCCAAAAAGUAAGCAAAAUAAGACAAAUGCUACACCAACUGAGAAGUAUUUGAAUUUUGGAUCAUUAGGAGCAAAACAGUAUCCCAGUAAGAUGGGUUCAUCAAAACAAGUAUAUGCCCAAGAAGUGAUAAAGCUGAAUAUUUUAUUAAGACAGUUACAUGCUCAAGGCAUGUUAAUGACACUAAAACAGAAUAUCAUUAACAAUGUUUUCCAAAAUAAAAUUUCAGAAUCAUUUGAAAACCAAAAUGAGACUCUGCAGAAAGGAAGAAAGAGCAGGAAAUACAUAUCUUAGAAGAAAACCUUAGUCAAGAAGAGGGAAACGUAAUGGUAGAAUUGGUGGAUUUAAUAUAAAUCAUGAGAUAUAAUAUGUAUCUAUGAUAUGGCUACAAAAAGUGAAUAAGACGCAAACCUUUAAAAUAUUAAUAUAAAUAAAUUUAAUAAUUUGAACAUUUAAUAGAUAUAUAUGAUGUAACAGAGAUUAACAGAAUAUAUCACUGUGCAAGUAAACUAACAACAGGUAACAUAUUGCCAAGAAAACAGAAUACUAAAGGAAAAAAGGAGCAAACAGAGCAUCCCCAGGGGUGCACUGAUUAGAGCUAACUGUAAAAAAAAAAAAAUUAAAGAAUUAUUAGAGGGACAUAGAAAUGGAAAUUGGUCAAUGAAAUUUACUGUCCGAAUGAUGGAUGUGGUAAAAAAAAGACAGUAUAAAACAAACCAAGGUUUGUGUCACACAUCUUCAAAAACAUAAAAUCUCUGCACAUGUUGAAAAAUGUGACUGGCAUGCAGAAAAAUGCCAAGAAAACAUAUAAAGCACUACAAUUUAUACAUAAUCCAAUGAAGUUCUACAGGGACUUUAUAAAGAAAGCAAGACUUGUAACUCCAGCAAAAACAGAAGGCAUUAGUAAAUUCUGCAGAAAUACCUACAAAGGUUCCAUUGAACACAAGAAGGGUGCUGAAUGGCUUAAAGAAGUUUCAGUGCAGAGGAUACGGAAUGAAAUUAAAUGAAGUAACUAUCGAUGAAAAUAGAGACAAUAUUAAAAAGGCUUCUGGUUGGAAAACUUGUUCCCGAUGUACCCACUGUCUGGCUAAAGGCAGGUUGCUCCAUGAUUUAGCUUUGAGUAAAAACUGCAUAUGCAGACCCUGAAAUAACAGCCUGGUUAACAAUUAGGAAACCAAACUGCUACUUCACAUUGAAAUUGCAAGCAAUACUAAAAUUAUUCACUGAUAGGUGACAUGUUUUUGAAAGUAAGUUAUGUACAGGAAUAAAUUCAGAGAGUCUGAGUCAUCUGGAUAAAAACAAUACAAAGAAUUAUUGACUGAUAGUUUACAUAUUGUUGAAAGAUAAGUUAUAUAUAGGAAUAAAUUCAGCGAGUCUGAGUCAUCUGUAGGAAAAGUAUGUCAUGUUAGUAGAACAGAAAGGAAAUAAAAGAGACUCAUGCGGAGUCCUGAAUAAUCUACAAAAAAAGCCAAAAUGAAGAGCUAUAUAAACAGAUGCAACCUCGCUAUGGCAUGAAUACACUACAAAAAGAAGUGAUAGCAUUCUAGACUUCUGUAUUAUCAAGUGCUUACAAAUUUAUAAGGUUCAUCACACACUGAUAAACUAUAUUGCUAUUACAAUGAAAAAGUAGCGCACUGCUUUACAACUGCGUCAUGCCAAAGGACAAAUUUCUGUCCCCUGGUGUAAGCAUACAGCGGGGAAUGCUUCAGGUGGACACUUGUCACCACUGCUGUUUUGUCAUCAAUCCAUUACAGCAUUUACUUAAUGGAACAGACUAUGAGCAGAGUUUCACUUCAGGAAAACAAUCUUGUCAAAUGGCAUUUCAACUCCUUUUUCAGCCUGGAAGAGGAAUGUGGUAUAAAAUUACUGGACCAAGGGGGGAGUAUAUAAAUAUUUAGAAAUGGAAGCAGAGUCAGCUAAGCAGCAUGAAUCAGUUAGCAAAAACCUCUUGGGAAAAUUAUUUUUCGAAGACUGAACCUAAUAUUGAAAUCAGUUUUGACAUCUAGGAAUGAACUUCAAGCUAUGAAUCAACUUAUCUCUGUUUUAAUGUAGAGCUUUGGUGUGAUUGACUGACAUCUGCCCCCCCCCCCCCCCCCCAAAAAAAAAAGGUGUUGGAUUAUCUGAAAAAAAAGAAGUUGCUGCUUUCAUUUCAGAUUAUUUAAAAGAAAUACUGUAUGGUAAGAUUAUAUAUACCUCUGUGUCUGCAAUUGUGUGGCUGCGUACAUAUUUGUAAACAUCAUCAGAUCCAAACAAUGAAAGUUAUAAACCAUGAGGUAAACAAAUGUAAGACAACAUCCUUGCUCAGGUUACUAGAAGUGUUUUGGAGGGGAGUAGAUAUCGAGAUCAAACCAGAAGUGGGCAAAAAAAGCAAGAGGCAACAGAAAGUGAUAAAUGCAAAAGAAAGGAUAUAAAGAUCAUGACCAGGAGGAGAAACAAACGGAAGCCUGCAGUUUUAGGGACAAGUACAGAGAACUACUAGAACAAUUUCUUGUUGAAUAAGGUUUGACAAAUAAAUGGCUGAGAUGGUAAGAAAUUAAACCAAAAAGAUGAAAGGUUAAUGAUGGCAGCUUAAGAAAGUGGCCUGUACACACAUUGAUUUAGAAAAUCUGUAGAAAAAAAGUGGAAGAUAAUACUUGUAAGUUCUGCAAUACAGAACAAGAAACCGCUGUAAAUCAUGCUGCAGGCUAUGAUGCUUACGGCUGAAGCUCUGAAAACCUGAAAGGCAUACUAUACUGCAAAGUUUGACACACUGGAGACUGAAACAUUAGAAAAUGUGCAAAUCUGAAAGACACUGGUAACAUGACCCACAAACAGUUGCUAAAAAUGAAAACGUAAGAUCACUUGAAGGUUCAUCCACUGCCGGCCAUUAAGAAAUUCAAAAACAAGAAAAUCAGAUAUUGUAGUUGAGUAAAAAACAAAAGCAGUAUUAGUUGUUGAAGUAGCUAGACCAGCAACUGUAUUGUCUUAACACCCUCAAAGACCUGAAAGGUAUCAAAUAUCAAGGCUUGCAAGCAUAAACUAGAGCGAUGUGGAAUGACACACUGACACUUUAAGUAGGAGGAGGAGAAGCAUCUGGACUAAACAAAAAAAAUCCGUAAAUCCUUAAAUAUGUUAGUAAUACAAGUAAAGCUAUGUGAACUGCAGAUGGAAUCAGUUCUGGUUACGCUGUGUUUGCUGAGAAAAGAACUCGUGGCAUACAUCAAGGCCUGACGCAAGAAUGAUUUCAUGAACUUGAAAUAUGCCCUGAUUUAAGGAUGUGAUCCCUUCUUGUUAUGCUACUUAAAAGCCCUAAAUAUUUAGGGAAAUUGAUGUAUUCAUUUAAUAAAGAAUUGUUUACAAUGUU